AACUAAUGUCAAUGAACUUGAUUUGAAAAUUAAUGGUAGUGUUCGUUAGUGUACUUAUGUUACUGUUGUUAUGUUUUAUUUAGCAUGAAUUUAAACUGAGUUUAGUAAAUAAGUAAGACAAGUGUUCUAAAUGAAACAAUUAGAGUAAUUCUGUGAUUGUAUUGAUACUCUUUUGAGACACUUUUAGCGUUUGUUUGAGGUUUGUCAAGAUGACUUCUGAAAGCGAGAUUUUUAAAACAAAUGAAUUUCUAAGACGACGUAAACUGAGACUUCAGCAGGUCAGAGAACAAUCAAAAGACAUCGCAAAAAAAUUAAGACAACGUGCGAACGUUGAAAAAUUACAGCAUAUUGAAGAAGUGAACAGCAAAAAAGAGAAAGAAUAUUUGAAGCAACAGGAGAAAUUAGUUAAGCGCUUAGAACAUCUUUAUGCACAUGGAGUCAUAAGUGUUGGAGCUAGCCACCACAAAGCUUCUGCUACAAAACAGGAUGUGCAUUCAACUGACAAACAAGACUUAUCGCAAGUGCGGGGUAAGGAGGCUGCUGCUGCUUUAAAGAAAAAGAAACAAGAAAAAUUAGAUCAGCAGAAAAAGUUCCUAGAUCGUAAACUAUUAGCAAGGGAAACUGCUAAUGAAAUCAGUAGAGAGAAGUCAUCAAAUAUAGCUAACAAACUAAUUGCAAAAUCUGGUACUAGUAAGAUUCCUGAAAAUACCUCAGAUCCAACUGUAGGUGAAUCUAAAGGAAAUGAAAAUAAUAUCACUUCCAACAUAUUGCUUAAGAAUGAUAUGGCAACCCAAUGGGAUUGUGAAGAAUUGCCUAAUGAAUGGGAGUCCAAUAUACCUUUGCUUUCCCUUCCAAAAGAUGACCGAGAGAGUUUGAAGGAAUCAAAUAAUAUUCCAGGCAGCAGAUCAGAAAAGAAAAAGAAGUUAGAUUUAUUUGCUCUUAGUUCUGAAAUGCCAUCAAGCUUACGUGGAGGACUGGAUAAUGUGUCAGAAGAAAGAACCUAUGUUAAGCCUUCUCUGACAAUGGUCUCAGAGUAUUUGCAAAGCAGGGCUCUAAGGCUUAGGGAACCUGAUCUUAUUAAAAAAGACACAGUGGGAGAAGAUCUUCAGAGCCUCAAGCGAACAAUUUUAAACACAAGAUCUUCAAAACAUGAAGGUAGUACUAUAUAUCAGAAUGUGUGUAAAGUUCUUGAUGAACAAGUUAUACCAGUGCCUUCAUGGCAUGCAGAAAGCACUUGUAAAUUCUGUUCACACCACAUGUCACACCAUAGUAAUAAUUACAGAAAAUACAAGCAAUUUGCAGUAACUAACUCUGAAAUUAACAAUAUAUUUAGUUCUAUUAGACCUAAGACUAGAGAUAUUCAACCUAACCCUGUCUUAAGAAGCUGUAGUCCCUUUAGAAGAAAUAAGAUUUCUCACAGAAUAUCCAGAGAUUCAGCUAAGAGAAAUAUUGACAAAUCAGUAGCAUCAAGCGAUGCUGAAUCUAUGCUACAGAAGAAUAACUCUGUCAUGAUGUAUAAUCACUCGACUAGGAAUUCCAGAGAUGUUCCAUUAGGUGAGCCAGACCUGGUUGUGCGGGACCAUCAAACAGAAGAAGAUGCAUAUACCAAAGCUUUAAAAGAGACUACUUCCCACGAUGAUGCUAAAGAUAAAGAUCACUUGAAAAAACUACAAGAUAUGAGAAGCAAGAUAGCAAUGACGAAACAUACUGUGGAAAAGGAAUAUAAUGAUACAAUGUCUUUUCUAAAGUCACUGCCUAAAGAAAAGUGCAGUAAACAUUCAAGAAUUUCACACAUGGAUGAGAGGAGACAGCAAAUGGUCAAAGAUAAACGUCAAUCAAAACUUCAAUGUGAAUUCAACAAAAUUGAAAGAGAAUCUAGAAAGCAAUGUGAAAUGAAUUCCAAUUCUAAAUUAACAUCAAAAAAUAAUGGAACAAAUUCCAAAUCUCCAGCUGAAAAUGAUAUAAAUGAAGAUUUUGGGACUAGAGAUUUUCAAUAUUCCUGGAUGCCAGUACCAGAAAGUGAUGGCAAUUUAGCAAUCCACACAAUACCAAUUACUUUAAAAGAGGGAAAGUCAGGGAACACAGUUAAAUUUAGUAAAGUUGACAGUUAUCAUGAAUAUAGAUCAAGACACAAGCAUACUCCACCAACUAAAGAUACUGAUGUUGAAAGACCACAAAAACAGAAAAGUGUUGAAACUAUACUUAUUCAAAAUGAUGAAAGUGAGACUAUUGAUUAUUCUUCAAGCUCUUCCGAUACUAGUUCUGUUGAAAAUUUGAAUAUAAAAAAAAGUAAGGAUACUGGCAAUAAGAGCAAUAUUUCAGAUGAAGAAAAUGUAGUAAUUUACAAAAUACUGAAUUCUAAAAGAGGUAAAAAAGAGAAAAAAAGAAGAAGACUUAAAUUAAUUGAUGAUGUUGCAAAAGUGCUUACUGCAAUGAACAAAGAGAAAUUAAAAAAAGAUGACAAUAACAACCGUGGUGAUACGGCCAGUGGUAUACUGACUACAAAUACUAGAAACAGCAAUCCCUUGGAGCAGAUAAAUGAAGGACUCUAUAAGUUGGUGAAUGAAAAAGGAUUGAACUACAAUGUAACUAGCUGCUUUACUGCUAAUGUAGCGAUGUGGGAAACUAAAGCUGAACGCAAACCUUGGUGGGACAACAUAACAUCAUUACACUUUUCUGACAAUUCACAAGUUGGUGACAGGGAUGUUGAUAAAGGGCAAAACAAAUUAUGUUUAUGCAAGAAAAGCAGGAGGAUAAAUAAACCUGUUAUAGAAGGUACUGCUAUUCCUGAAAGUGGAGAUGAAUCUUUACAGAGAAAUAAAGAGUCCUUGGUAUCCAAAAAUAGUUCUGGUAGAAGUCUCAAGCCUACAGCUACUACAAGCGCCGGGCUGCAUACUUCAGCUGCUACUUCAACAUCUUCAUUCAAAACAGCAGCUAUGAAUGAAAAAAAUACAAUGCUUGAUGGCGAUUUUCUUAAAGUAUUGGAUGACAAUGGGCAUGAAGCAGGCAAAUUUUAUAUAGGUGCCAGUGGUUAUCUUAAAGAAGACGCUUACGAAAUAACGAUACAACUUAAAAAGAAGGAAUCAACAAGAAAUGAUGAAAAUGCCGAAUCGAUUAAAAAGUUGGAUGAAAACCUAGGUCUAAAAAAAUCAGACUGUACUAUUCGUGGAUCGAAGAUCGCUGAAAAUGUACUUGCUCCGUCUUUUGAACCUUCACAUGUGAAUCACGUUUUGAAUAAUUAUGAAACUUUGAAUACAGUUACUUCUCAAAGUGCUCCAGAGAGCGACCCAAUAGUAACAAUGCCGCAAGAUCAGCCUCCUCCUCAGUCUACUUGCAUGGAAGAAACAAAUUUGUUAGUUAACAAUGCAUCAAAUACAAGUUUCAAUCAGCCUAUUUCUACAGCCUCAAGUAAACAAAUGAAAGAUAAACCAGUGAAACAAGUUGUUGACAGAAGCGUUUAUACAGAUUCUCAGCUCUCCUUUGUGGUGCCUAGGGAUUUUCCUAAAACUGAUGUUACUCCGAGACCAGCAACGUCCACUUACACACAAACUUCAAUGUACUCUCCAAAUACCAGGCCAGUUUAUAUUCAUAUGAGUUCUUCCACUUCUACUGCUUACUUGAGUCCACCCGAAAUGAUAUUACCCAAAUGUAUGAGGCAUAAACAUGAAUCAAUUAAUGCACAAGCAGCACAUUCAUCGCAGGAUGAAAGAUACGAAAUCGUAAGGCAACGCAAGUGUGACCAAGAUACGAUGUGUACGUGUAGGAAAUGUGUGCUAUAUAAAAAAGUAACUACGAAUAAAAUAAAGGCCAAUGCCAAAAGUUAUAUGAAAACCAAACAUGAUCCGAGGAAAAUAAGCACACCUCCUAAUACGGCCCGUAAUUAUGGAAAUAGUAGUUUGGAUAAUAAUUCUCAUGAUGAGUCAUCUCGGAAAAAACUCAAAAAAUGCCGGAAGUGUAAAAGCCGUGAAUCAUAUAGCUCUGAUAUUAAUUACUGUGUGCCUAAAGUAAAACGAGCAAAUAAAAUAUCUUCAAAUAAUUUAGUUCCAAAUGUUACUCGAAGUGCAACGAGACCCACCAAUAUAAAUGAAAAAACUCGUAAAUCUAAUUUGAACCCUAUUGUGAAAAAAUACGUUAACAAACUGUUGGAACUAAAUAGUAACGGCCUGAAGGCAAUCGAAAUUGCCAAUCAAGAAUGCAGUUCAGUCAGUACUCCAGGCAGCUCUGUUAUAGAUGUUUCGCAUAACAUUGCGGGUAAUAAUACUGAAGUGAAUAACAAAAUCUCAUUAGAGCAGAUUAAAAUGAUAUUAAAGCAAAAAAUAUUAGAAGAAUGCGGUAAUAAAAAUGAGCAUGGUGACUUGUUACAUGUAAAUAAAAAUCCGUCAAAUUGUAUAUCAAAAGUACCAAAAAUUAAACGAUCCGUCCACAAGGUAAAAUCAUUGAAUAUAUCAAGAAAGAUAUUGAAAUCGAAAAAGUUUCCUGUUGCAACACGUAAAACAAAACCCAGUUGUAGUACUUCGUCCCCAUCACCACCUACGAAUGUGUAUGUUAAGAAAUAUACACCAUCUGGUUCAAAAACAACAGGUGAAUACAGCAAAAGAGUUCGCAGCAAGAGUUCUCCCACUCCUCGAUUUGAGGGUAAAUUUGAAUCUACUAACGAUAAUACAGCUUCAGAUGUUUCAGAUGUACAAAAUAUUUAUAAAAGUUCUUUUAACAAGAAAAUCCCUGACGAAAAACAAAGGUUUUCUGUCAAACUAGAUGACAAGAAUGUACGUAAAGCCAAUGACUAUAUUUUACCACUGCACAAAGCAACUAUUACAUCCCCUGACUCUGAAGAGAAUGUGAACAAGACACAAACUCGUACUGAUAUCCCUACUAAUACUUCGACACAAACAAGUCAAGAUUUGGAUAGCGAGAUCAAUCUUAUAAAAAUGGCAGAUGACAAAAUCCAAAACAUGGAAAAGAUAGCCGAUUUAACAGAAAAAUGCACAAAAAGACUGUCUAAUUUAGCUAAGAUUUUAGAAGAAGUAAGGAAAAAUAAGUCUUUGGCAUAUAGUCAUAUUUCAACAUCAGAUACUGCAUCUGAUUCUGAAUAUAAAUCAGACAAAGUCAAGAAUGUUGGUAGCACUCCAAGCCUUGGAGAUCCCAUUACUAACGCAGAAACAGAUUCGAACAUACAAAUAAAUAAGACUCCCCCUCACGCAACAACUUUGCCGAAAAGUGAUAAAAAAGUAAGCUCAGAAUAUAUUUCUUUCUUGAAAGAUAUUCCUAAACCAGACGAAUACAAACUUUAUUCAACACCAGUCGAAACUGAAAAAUUAAAAACUACUGCUCUUUCAGUAAAUCAAUCUGGUAUCAAAAUUAGAACCAAACCUCCGCCUGCUUUAAAUCGCAUUAGCCUUAAGCAUGCGCAUGACAUUAUUCCUCAUGAACUGUCAACUGUAGUCGAAGUCGAUUCACCGAUGAGCGUAAAAUUAAAAAAUCAGCCGUCGCAAGGUGAUGUUUUAGACACUUCCAUCAGUACUAGUAAAACCAAAAACCUUAUUGAACAAGUGGACACAGAUAUUCGAGCAAAUCCAGAUUUACUCCAGAAUAAUAACUCUGUAGUGACUCAACAACCAACUGUAAAUAUUGAUCCAGCAGAUGAUACUAAAAUUCAAAUGAUGGAUUUGAAGCAGUUUAACGAUGUCAUGCUAAAACCAUUUAUAACUCUACAAGAAUAUGCAAAGCAGUGUAACAUUGGCAUAUUAGACGAGGGGUCGAAUAUGGAUGAUAAUAUUAAAGAUGAUUUAGCAAAUGAUGAGUUUAGUUCGCUACAUUCGGAUGGAAGUUUGCCAGAUGUGAUUGCUGAAUUAUUAAAAAGAAAUGUCAUAGCCGAACCUUUUAAAUUUGAAACAAUAUCUAACGUUAAUUCUACCACAGUAUCAUCGGAAUCUACUUUGUCGGUAUUAGCACUGUCAAAAGUACGACAUAAUAAAAAGAAAUCUGGAGUCACAUUUCAAAAUAAAGAGAAUAUAUCCGAAACAUCUGAUACAUUGAGCAUUUCCUCAAAUCCUGAUUUGGAAAAGGCCUUUAAGAAACUUGGUAUGGGAUGGGCUUCCUCAACUUUAAAAAAAACAAAAGAGCAUUUGGCAUUAUCAUCAUCAUCAAAUACGUCUAGUUCUAGUUUAUUACAAUUUAAAUCAAAAAACUUAAACAGUCAACAAAUACCUGCUCUUGUAACUGACUCAGUGUUAUCUACUUCUAAAACAUCUAAAAGGCAAAACCAAGGAAAUAUAUCAGAUUUAGCAAAAAAUGCAGAACAGCAGACUUUUAUGACUUCCAUGACUGUCAAGGAAUUUCUGACUAAUGAAUUAGCUAAUAAGAUAACAUUUACGAAUAAAUCCGACAAAAAUAACACUGACGAAGAAUUUGUUUCGUUACUUGAAACUCAAAUGCCGGAAGAAAUGAAACAUUCAUCACAUAACUUGCAUGAGGAACGUACUCUGGAUAGUUUACGUAGUGGGAGUAAUAAUAGAGCUCGUACUUCUACCCCAGUGCAGAUUUUUAAAUCGAUGACAUAUCAUUCAAGUUCUAGCUCCAAUGUAUCUAAUGGUCUAUUUAGUAACGCUGAUGAUUUGUCAUCUGUGAAAGUAACAUCGAAUUCUAUGCGUAAUCAUUCCACUUCUGAUAAGGGAGAAUUAACUAUACCUAAUUGCAGCUUAAAAGUGAGGAAAGGUGCGUCAGAUUGUAGUAAAAGCGAUUGAAAUUUGUAAUAUUUUAUUAUUUAUUUUCUACUGUAUUUGUACAACAAAAGUUGUAUGAAUUUUGUACCACUGAAUUUAAAUGAAUUAUAGUUAAUUUUAUAGGAA